GUUCGUGCUGUGGCGUGGUUUGGUCUGCUCUGUGAUUUUGAUAGCAACCCCGAUUUUGGUUUUGAAGUGGCCACUAUGUCUUCAGGCGUGGGAUAUUUCUUCUAAUCGUUGCUUACAUGGCGCACUCGCUGGAUUAGUUUAAGGAAAUUAUGAAUGUUUUGUAAUUAAAUAGUUACUAGUUGCUAUAAUCGUUGAAGUGGACGGACGUAUAUUCUUCAAAUAAACAAAUUUGUUAAUUUCGCUGAAUUUGAAACCGCUGCUUGUUAUUUCCGACGCGAAAAAGUGAAACACGUUUAAGUUUCCUGGUUUUGGCACGCGCACUAAAUAACCGUGUAUUAUUAAAAGAACCUUUUUUUUGCCUGGUUUGCCUUUGUUGGUUCCAGUGGUGUUCCACCAGUGUUUGGUUUAAUUGUUGUUGGGAUUUUGCCCUUUUGUUUUGCCGCGUAACAUAGGUCCUUCGAGCCGGAUACGUUGGAAUACGAGGAUCACUUUUAAUCUCUCCCACAGAUUUUGGCCAAAUCAGAAUCAUGGUUAAAGCAAAAAAAUACAAUGUCGACAAUCGGGCCGGCAAAAAACGCAUAGUUUGCCGUGUUUGCCUUAAGGACCACCCUCUGCGAUUCUGUCGUAAGUUUUUGGAUAUGGAUUAUGCGGAACGAAUGAAAAUUAUUUCGAUAUAUCAGCAUUGCGCUGGAUGCCUAGCACAUGAUCAUACAUGGCGCACAUGUGAAAGUACUGGCAAGUGUCGCAAAUGUGGCGAUAUGCAUCACACGCUUCUACACAAACCUGGACCUCGUUCGUCCACUGUGAUGGCGUAUCAUGAUGGUGCUAGGCAAGGACCACAACCUUCGUCCAAGACCCCGUCGAAGAAGGGACCUCGUCCGUCCCAAUCUUCACAUCAGCAUGAUGGACCUAGUUCGUCCAGACGUGCAACCAAUAGGGGACCUAGUUCGUCCCGCGGUAAUCGGCACAAGAGACCUAGUUCGUCUCAACAUGCCCCCAAGGACAAACCUGCGAAGGAGGUAGUACCUUUCGAUGAACGGAGGCGUAAGCCGUACAAAGGUAAAAAUGAGAUGUCAACAGAGGUAAUUCCGGCAUACUGCCUACGAGAGACCAUACUGCUGAAAGCGACCGCUGUAAUAAAGAUAGUUUGUGGGGAUCGCUACAUACAUGAACGAGCCGUAAUUGACCCAAGCAUUGAGAGUUCUAUUGUAGCUGAGUCUUUGGUAAGUCGAAUGGGUCAAAGGGUGGUCCGAGUCGGAAACAAGACAAGAUGUCUUCUUCAAAUUCGAGGCAAUCACGGGAUGUCGGCAACAGUCGAAACAUAUGCUGAAGUGCGUCGUAAUCACACAGUUGUGACUCCAAAGAAGUCCAUUGAUGUACGAAUUGUUGAUGAGUUUCCUGGUUUGCAAUUGGCAGACGAGCAUUUUUAUACCUCAGCACCUGUGAGUAUCACGUUGGGAGGAGAUUUGUACCCAAAAAUAAUGCGGAAUGGGGUCUUUGGUGGUGCACUGGGAAAACCUCUGGCACAAUUCACAAUUUUUGGAUAUGUGAUAUCAGGUUCUUACACUCCCUAGUUUCCUGUAAGACAUCAUGUAUAUGCUUUAACCAUGGUACGAUAUAAUACAAUAUUUUAAACCAUUGCAGCCUACUUCAAUUGGAUUUUUUUCUCACUUCGGAACUUGGUGAUUUGUUGGAUUUUGAAUUUUGAUUUUUUUUUUUCACAUGAAUGAAUUUUGAAAAUGCUGUUUUUUGUGUAAUAUAGUUGAAUUGCCUCAUGAAUUAAAUAUGAAAUCAAUGUGCUUUUUCUAGUUGGCACUGAUGUGAACAACGCAUUAAUUCUUUUUUUUCUUUUUGCUGUUUUAUUUUCCUUGCUUUUCGAGUUAUUUUCAGAGCUUUCGGAUACCGCAAGACUGAAAGGUGGCCGGGAUGUUCACGUUCGUGCUGUGGCGUGGUUUGGUCUGCUCUGUGAUUUUGAUAGCAACCCCGAUUUUGGUUUUGAAGUGGCCACUAUGUCUUCAGGCGUGGGAUAUUUCUUCUAAUCGUUGCUUACAUGGCGCACUCGCUGGAUUAGUUUAAGGAAAUUAUGAAUGUUUUGUAAUUAAAUAGUUACUAGUUGCUAUAAUCGUUGAAGUGGACGGACGUAUAUUCUUCAAAUAAACAAAUUUGUUAAUUUCGCUGAAUUUGAAA